UCGUGUAAUGUGGAUAGUAACACAAUUUCUUCCUUCAGUAGUUUAUAUGUUGCCACACUGAGCGGGUCGUCUACUCUACAACUUGUAACUUGUGACGUAGUCAAAAAGUUUCUGUUUUUUCUGUUUUCAAUCAAAACCCUCGGCGAUGGCGAUCUGUAUGCGAAGUUUACAAUCCCAGGGCCGAUGGGGGUUAAUGCUGGAGGCUCAGCGGAGAUGUUUCCACGUCUCUCCGCUAGUGUCCGCCGCAGCCAAGGUGGCCAUGUCCAAGUUCGACACUGACCGCUACAUGCCCUACGAGAAACUGAAUCAGAACCUUGGCAUUAUUAAGAAAAGGUUGAACAGGCCUCUUACUUUGUCUGAGAAGGUGCUAUACUCUCAUCUUGAUGACCCUAAGGGACAAGAGAUUGAGAGAGGCAAGUCGUACCUGCGACUGCGGCCAGACAGAGUGGCCAUGCAGGAUGCCACUGCCCAGAUGGCCAUGUUGCAGUUCAUCUCCUCAGGGCUGCCCAAGGUCGCGGUACCAUCCACCAUCCAUUGCGACCAUUUGAUCCUUGCCCAGGUUGGUGGAGUGGAAGACUUGGCUACAGCUAAGGAAGUGAACAAAGAAGUUUACGACUUUCUGCGGUCUGCUGGAGCCAAGUACGGUCUCGGCUUCUGGCAUCCGGGAUCUGGUAUCAUUCAUCAGAUCAUCCUGGAGAACUACGCUUUCCCCGGUCUGUUGAUGAUUGGUACAGACUCUCACACUCCCAAUGGUGGAGGUCUGGGAGGCCUGUGUAUCGGAGUGGGAGGAGCAGACGCUGUGGACGUCAUGGCUGACAUACCCUGGGAGCUCAAGUGUCCUAAGGUGAUUGGUGUGAAGCUGACUGGUCAGAUGAAGGGAUGGACGUCUCCAAAGGACAUCAUCCUCAAGGUGGCUGGUAUCCUGACUGUCAAGGGAGGUACUGGAGCCAUCAUAGAGUACCACGGUCCUGGUGUAGACAACAUCUCCUGUACUGGUAUGGGAACCAUUUGCAACAUGGGUGCUGAGAUCGGUGCGACCACCUCGCUGUUUCCGUUCAACAAGCGGAUGGGUGACUACCUGAAGGCGACAGGCCGAGCUGACAUUGCUGCUCUGGCUGAGAAGAACAAAGAUCUGCUGACACCUGAUAACGGGGCGCCUUACGAUCAGCUGAUUGAGAUUGACCUGAGCACACUGGAGCCCCAUGUCAAUGGACCUUUUACCCCUGACUUGGCUCACCCCAUCUCCAAGCUGGGAGACAAUGCUAAGAAGGCUGGCUGGCCCCUGGACAUCAGAGUCGGCCUGAUCGGCAGUUGCACCAACUCCAGCUACGAGGACAUGGCUCGUUGUGCAGCCAUUGCUAAGGAGGCGAUGAACCAUGGACUUAAGUCUAAGAUCCCCUUCAACAUCACCCCGGGAUCUGAACAAGUCCGAGCUACUAUUGAGCGUGACGGAAUUGCUGAGACGUUCCGUCAGUUUGGAGGCACCGUGUUGGCCAACGCCUGUGGCCCGUGCAUCGGCCAGUGGGACCGCAAGGACGUGAAGAAGGGAGAGAAGAACACCAUUGUCAACAGCUACAACCGCAACUUCACCGGCCGCAAUGACGCCAACCCCGCGACACACGCAUUUGUCACCUCACCAGAGCUGGUCACCGCGCUGUGUGUGUCCGGCAGUCUGGACUUUGACCCCACCAGCCAUUCACUAAAGGGCAAGGACGGUAAGGAGUUCAAGCUGUCUGACCCAUUUGGACCUGAGCUCCCUCCCAAGGGCUUUGACCCUGGUGUAGACACCUACCAGGCUCCUCCCAAGGAAGGUACCUCUUUGAAGGUGGAUGUUGACCCCAAGAGUCAGAGACUGCAGUUGUUGGAGCCGUUUGAUGUGUGGAACGGCAAAGACUUGGAGGAUAUGACCAUUCUGAUCAAGGUCAAAGGCAAAUGCACAACUGAUCACAUCUCGGCGGCUGGUCCAUGGCUCAAGUACCGAGGACAUCUGGACAACAUCUCUAAUAACCUCUUCCUCACUGCAACAAACGCAGAAAAUGGUGAACUAAACAAGAUCAAAAACCGCCUCACAGGAGAAUGGGGAGCCGUUUGUGAUGUGGCGCGUGCUUACAAGAAGGCUGGAGUCAAGUGGGUAGCCGUAGGAGAUGAGAACUACGGAGAAGGCAGCUCCAGGGAGCACGCAGCUCUGGAGCCUAGACACCUCGGUGGACGAGCUAUCAUCGUCAAGAGCUUUGCACGUAUACACGAGACCAACCUCAAGAAACAAGGAAUGCUGCCUCUUACUUUUGCGAACGCUUCAGACUACGACAAGAUUCAACCUGGUGACAAGAUUUCACUUUUGGGCCUCAAGGACCUCGCCCCCGGCAAGCCUGUCGUCUGCCAGUUGAAGCAUGAAGACGGAAAGACAGAAAAGAUCAACUUGAACCACACCUUGAACGACCAACAGAUUGAGUGGUUUAAGGCUGGCAGUGCUCUGAACCGCAUGAAGCAGCUGGCGAAGCAGUGAACACUUAGUUGAGAUAUUAGACUGACUGAAGCCUCUAAAUUCGAGUGAUUUGUAACCAAUGAAUUGUGCGCAAACUGUAAGCCGACCUAGACCCCUGGUCGGCUUAGCGUUUGCAAGCCGGAAGUAUUACGAAUGUGUAAAUUACAGGUCUUGCCUUAGUUCUGUGUUUCCCACGUAUCCAUGUCUUUUGUAAAUAAUGUUAUGUGAAAUAAAACUGUAAAUUUAGUAGA